AUGAUUGCAGUUGGGAGAAGGAGAGGGGGAAGGAAUGUUAGAAGUUUGAGUCCGUUGAAAAAAUGCAGUAAAUGGGCUUCGGCUGUUUCUAGCCCAACUGUUUUUUGGUUAGAGGAGUGCAUGACGAGAGUGAUUAAGUACCAAACAUCACUUUAUUUGGAAGAAGAAGAAGCGGAUGCUGAAGAAGACGAUCCACACAGCAUCUGCGCCGUCGGAGAGGAGCAAAUCCCGAUCAACAAUGUUGGUGGCAACGCGUUAACAAUUCCAAGCAAUCACGACGGAGGUGGCGAAGAGCCAAUUGAGAGCAACCAUAACGGCGACGAGGCGGAGGAGGAGCCGAUUCAGAGCGUCCUAGCUGCGUUUAGUAAGGAAUCACUGGUCCAAUUGCUCACAGAAGCCGCCGAUCGCCACGCCGACGUGGCGGCUAGGGUUCGGGCCUCGGCGGAUGUGGAGCCCUCCAACCGGAAGAUAUUCGUGCACGGCCUCAAGUGGGACACCACCACGGAGACGCUGUUCGAGGAGUUCGCGAAAUUCGGUGAAAUCGAGGAUUGCCGCGUCGUCACCGACAAGGCCACUGGCCGAUCCAAGGGCUACGGGUUCGUUCUCUUCAAGACCCGCCUCGAAGCUCGCCAGGCUCUGAAGGAGCCUCAGAAGUUGAUCGAUGAACGAAUGACGUCGUCCCAGCUGGCAUCCGUGGGGUCUAUUGCUACGGCAUUUCCACAGAAACCGGUGACAGAGUAUACACAGAGGAAGAUUUUUGUGGGUAAUGUGGGGGAGGAUCUUGAUCCGGAGAAAUUGAAGAAUUUCUUCUCUAUGUAUGGGGAGAUCGAGGAAGGCCCCUUGGGGCUUGAUAGAGAGACUGGCAAACCAAGGGGCUUCUGCUUGUUUAUAUAUAAGACCGUUGAGAGCGCAAAAUUGGCAUUGAGGGAGCCUCAUAAGCAGUUUGAAGGGGUUACAUUGCAUUGCCAGCAGGCAAUUGAUGGGCCGAAGUCUCACAAGGGCGGGGCUAAGAAUCUGCAAUAUGUGGACAAUGUGUAUCCUAGUAUGGUUGGUACAACUAUCGUGCCACCUCCCUAUAUGCAGAUGGACCCUUCUGCUGCAGUAGGCCAGGCAUUGAGCCUUCUCGGGGCGUUUGGGGUGGCCACAGGGAUGUAUAACAACUCUAUAGUGGUGCCGGGUGGCUAUGGGAUGGGUGGUGUAGUGAACAUGGGAUCAGCUGGGUUGGAAGGGGGUUGGAAUCAAAGGGGAUACCCUACCAACCAGAUGAGACGGCGAGGUCGUGGCAGAGGACGCCAUGGUCGCAAAGUGAAACUAUGAAUGGGAUUUUGCUUCAAUCGGUCUUCACAAACCAGGCAUUUGCAUAUUCAUAUAUACUUGGCAGUGCCUACAAUUUUCCAAUCUAUCCUCUAUAAACUUAUCUUCUCAUAGACAGGAGAGCUUUAUAUUGGAAAGUGGUUUGUAACAUAUUUUGGCCAUUGUCGUGGUUUAUUUUGUGAAAUUUUUCUUCUCCUAAUAGUGAUUGUUAAUAUUUCACUCA